AAGGGAGCUUUUGGAUUUUUUGAAUUGGAGAGCUUUCAAAGCUCUGAAGUUGCAUGCAAGUCUUGUGACGGAACCGGGAGGAAAACGCGUAGAAUUUGCAUUUAUCGAGAGAAAACAGGAUUUUCACCGAGAAAAAUGAUGUCAAUGUCCAGGAAUCUACUUCAGGCUGUCAGAGGUGCCGGAAGUGUGAUUUCUCGGUCAAAACACACCCUGCCCCAGCUUCCCUAUGACUAUGCAGCCCUGGAGCCGAUUAUCUGCCGGGAGAUUAUGGAACUGCAUCAUCAGAAGCACCAUCAGACCUAUGUGAACAAUUUGAAUGCCGCUGAGGAACAACUCCAGGAAGCACUGCAGAAGAAUGAUGCCUCCAAGGUAAUUGCCCUCGGAGGAGCUCUCAAAUUCAACGGUGGUGGACACAUCAAUCAUACAAUCUUCUGGAAUAACCUAAGUCCUGAACGCUCAGAUCCCUCAAAAGAACUCAAGGAAGCUAUUGACAGACGCUUCGGCAGCUUCGAUAACUUCAAGAAGGAACUCUCUACCAUCACUGUGGCUGUUCAAGGAUCUGGAUGGGGAUGGCUGGGCUACAAUAAAAAGACCAAGCAGGUGGAAAUUGCAGCUUGCGCCAAUCAAGAUCCUCUGGAAGCUACUACAGGACUUGUCCCACUCUUUGGAAUCGACGUCUGGGAACAUGCUUACUACUUGCAGUACAAGAAUGUUCGCCCAACCUACGUCCAAGCUAUCUUUGAUAUCGCCAACUGGAAGGAUGUAUCCAAGCGCUUGGAAUUGGCCCAGAAGAGUUAAGAUUCUCAGCAUUUAUCAAAAUAAGCGAGAAAAUUGUAAUUUUCCGCCAUAAUAAAAAUAGAUUUUUAGUACAGAAAA